AUGAAUGAAAAUGAAAAUAAUUAUAGUACAGAUAAAUUAAUUAUUUUUGUUAUACGUAAUGGUUUUGCACGUAUUAUGAUGUCUAGUUUACUUGUCAUUUGUUAUGUUCGAGCUAUGUGUGAAAAACAACAAUUAUGGAUAUUAUCAAAAUUUUGUUAUGUUGGUCUAUUAUAUCUUAUUCUUGAUUGGUGGAUUAUUUUAUUAAAAAUUCAUGUACAUCAAAAAGUUGUAGAAUAUUUUUGGAUCAAUACAGGUGUAGCUAUAUUUAUUAUAUUUACGAUGCCUCCAUUAUGGUUUUUACGUUAUGCUUAUUUUAUACAAUCUAUAAAAGAUUCUAAAAUUCAAGCUAAACAUGCAAAUAUUAAUUUAGAAUCUUAUGUUAGUGAAUGUUGGGAUUUAACAGAAAAAAAUCAACUUCAUUUAAUGGAAUUCCAACAAGGAUUAUUUGAAGAAGCAAUAUCAACAAUUGAUAAAAAUGAUGGUGAAUGUUAUCAAAAAGAAGAAAUGAAUGCUGGUAGUUGGUGUGCUUAUGGAAUAUGUUUAAUGAAACAAAUGCCUGAUGAAAUGUUAGAACAAGUUGUUGUACUUAGUACUAUUUGUGUUCGUUGGAUGAUUACUGGUAAUUUGGGUCUUGAUCAACUUAUUACAUAUUUUAUUUCAACAGCUUCAGAUAUUGUCGAUUUUGCUUCAACUAUGGUUGGACAAAGUGAACAAUUAAUUCAAGAUAAAAAUAAAGAUAUUAUGAAAGCUAUUAUUGCUGCUUAUUUCAUAUCGCUUUCACAAUUCAGUGUUAAUUUAUCUGGUAAACGAAAACAUGAUCAUUCUUAUGAUGCAAUUCUUUGGUCAAAUGCAACAAUUCGAGAACGUUUUCUUAUUAUAAUAGAUUUUUUAUGUGGUACAGAAAUUUGGGGUAUUCUAGCACAAAUGGCAACUGAAGAUGGUCUUUUACUUGGUUUACGUAUUGUUGCUGUUAUUAAAUUUGAUGCAAGCACACUUGAAAAUUUUUUUUUUGUUGUUAAAAAUAUUCUUACUAUUGCUAUUUUUACAUAUUAUGCAGCAGCAAUAUCUGAUUCAUAUAUUCGACAUCGUUAUUUUUAUCAAAACUAUAUUUUUACAAUGUCUCAACAAGAUAAUCAAGAAUUAUUAUUCAAUAACAAAAAUAAUUUACGAUGA